UCUACAAUAACUGGCUAGUUUUAUAACUUUAUAUAUUUCCGGAUUCCCAACAGACAGAGAGAACCGGAGGACCAAAUGUGAAGAGUGAAGUUGAGUUGAGCCUGAGAAAAAACCUAGACCUCUUAUGGUCUAUAGUUUUCGUCCAUGUCCACACCAGAUCUUCCAAUUUCCAAACCAAAACCCCUUGGCUUCUACGUUCAAAUUAGAUAUACCAGCAGCAUCAAUGGCUUCGAUUUCGAGUCUGCAAUUUCAUUCCAUCAGUAUGCAGCCUUCAAUCUGGGCUUCGAACCAUCGGAUUUCGGCGAAUGUGUUGGAAUUUAGAACAAAUAUUCGGUUCGACUAUAAUUAUCUGAACUGGAAUACACGAAAACUGGUGCAGCAUUUUCCAGUGAGAGUCUAUGGUAGUUCAGCGAAUUUUGAGGACAAGCGUGGUGGAGAUGAGGUCGAGAGCAAAGGUUUCAAUGUUGGUUCUGAAAACCUAAUAGGCAGAUUGCAAAGCACAAUUAGCAGUAUCCCUUCUGUUAUUUUCGUGAUGAAAAGAAAAACUGGAACUAAUUUUGCAAUUGGUUUAUGUAUCGUAAUUGCAAUUUUCGUGGUUGCUGUGAGAGAAUUUGUGGCAAGGAAGUCAAGGAAAACUUACCAUGGCUCUGUGAAUGAUCUUGUCAAACGGGGGCAGUUGAGAUCUGAUAGGAGAGGCAUCUCAAGACCUCUUAAGUAUGAUGAUCCAUUCAAUAACCCAUUGGUCAAGGUCAGUAAAGGCAACUCAACCAUCGAAAUGUGUGGGAAGGUUUACAGAUUGGCUCCAGUGACUCUUACGGAAGAGCAACAGUCUAGCCAUCAGAAAAGGAGGUCACGAGCAUACCAGUGGAAAAGGCCAAAAGUGUUUCUUAAAGAAGGAGACUCAAUACCCCCAGAUGUUGAUCCUGAUACAGUUAGAUGGAUUCCAGCAAACCAUCCAUUUGCAACAACUGUCAGUGAUAUUGAUGAGGACUUGGCACAAAAUAACGUGUAUCAAAAGCAUGGCGUUCCAUUUCGUAUUCAGGCUGAGCAUGAAGCACUGCAGAGGAAACUGGAAGCAUUACAGAAUGAGCAAAAACUCAAUAAGUUGGUGAUCGAUCAUGGCACUGCUAGAGAUUUUGAGAGGCCAUUCAGGUCACUUUCCACACAAGAGAAGGAACAAAAGCCCAGUGAUAAUCAAGGUAGUAAUUGUAGCCCUUCCAAGUCAGAUAGGACCUCCAAUUUAUCUGAGACAAGUACACCAUUGGAGGAACAGCAAGGAGGAUCAUGCACAUGAGUAUACUGCUUCAGGUGCCGGUUUCUCAUUCAGUGUUUUCUCAUCCAACUCACCUUUCUGGGAUUGGUUUAUCGAGUGGACAUGUUUGGUAGGUUUACGGGCUCUGCAUUAUCUGACUAUUUUUGAAGAGUUGGGAUCUUUUGUCAAUAAAAUACAUUCCAACACUCUAUCAACAUGAUCUGACACGGUAUAUCUCAUCAUGAGACUGGAAUCUAAUAUAAAAGUGUUGUAAAUUAUUUUGUUGUCA